GCCAUGAGUCGUGCCAAGUUCAUUGAUAUUGGUAUUAACCUGACAGAUCCUAUGUUCAGAGGAAUCUACAGGGGAACACAAAAACAUCAGGAUGACUUUUUGGAUGUAGUAGAGAGAGCAGUCAAAACUGGCGUUAAAAAGUUUUUGAUUACAGGUGGGAGCCUGCAAGAUAGUAAAGAUGCGUUGCAGCUGGCACAGACAAAUGACAUGUUUUACAGUACAGUUGGCUGUCAUCCUACCCGCUGUGGAGAAUUUGAGCAGAGUAGCCCUGAACAGUACUUAUCUGAAUUAAAAAGUCUGAUUGAAAAAAAUAAGACAAAGGUAAUAGCAGUUGGAGAAUGUGGCUUAGAUUUUGAUAGAUUAGAAUUUUGCCCAAAGGACAUCCAACUCAAGUAUUUUGAAAAACAAUUUGACCUGUCAGAACAGACACAACUACCCAUGUUUCUCCACUGUAGAAACUCACAUGCUGAAUUUCUAGACAUAAUGAGAAGAAACAGAGAUAGAUUUGUGAGAGGGGUGGUACAUUCUUUUGAUGGCACAAAGGAAGAAGCAGCAGCUAUAUUAGAUUUGGAUCUUUAUAUUGGAAUAAAUGGCUGUUCGUUGAAAACGGAAGCCAACUUGGAAACACUGAAAUCAAUUCCUAGCGAACGAUUAAUGAUAGAGACUGAUGCACCUUGGUGUGGAGUGAAAAAUACUCAUGCUGGAUCAAAAUACAUUAAAACUACAUUUCCUACAAAAAAGAAAUGGGAAAUAGGGCACUGCUUGAAGGACAGAAAUGAGCCCUGCCAUAUAAUUCAAAUACUGGAAAUAAUGGCAGCAGUAAGAGAAGAUGACCCACUUGAGUUGGCCAAUACUCUAUAUAACAACACUAUUAAAGUCUUCUUUCCAAAUAUAUAAAGUUGUUUUUCUUACACUUAUUCAGCAUAACUUUAGUAAAUAUAUUGCAAAAACUUCAAAAUUAUCAUAUCUGCAAGUUCUUAUCAAUGGAAGCCAAUAUGUAGUGCUUUUCUUUUUUAUGGUACAAGAUUAAAGCUGCUUUGAAAAGGUGGUCUGCAUUUGUGCAGUUUCUCAGCCCUGUUUCCCUUUCAUCAAGAUUCAGGAUCAAUUUCAAGGAUAGCCCAAGCUAGCAACUCUUGUUAAUACCUGUAUGCAUUACAAGAUGAAUAGCAGGCUGCUGAGUUCAGAUGUAGGGCACUUCAAGCUACUACUGGUAAUUCAGAAGUGUUUAACACAUCAAUGGCAUGCUUUACUACUUCACCAGAAAGCUUAGCAGUUUCAUCUUUUGUUCCACAUACGCAAAUGCUGUAACAUUAAGUCUACCAACCUAAAUUUUUAUUUAUUUUUUUAAACACAACUCACUAGUUUUUAAACUAUAAAGCUCUGCUAAUACUGAAUUUGUAAGUAAAGCUGCUUUGGUUCAGGCUUUUCUUUUCAUAUUUGACCUGCUGAACAGUCUGUUUUCACCAGUAUUUUUCACUUGCAUCCAGAUCUUAAUGAUCAGGGAUUACUGGUAUACAGUCUUUGGCACAGCAUUAUCACUACAUCAAUUAAAGAGUGUUUUUCCAACCAUCUUAAAAACAUGUGAAAACAUUUUAUUCCAUGUACAAUAAUGUACAUAAUUUUAAGGUGGUCAUGAAAGAGACCAGCAAAAAUCAGAGGUAUAUUUACAGUAGCACACACCACAGUAAACAAC